AUGAGCUCGAGCGUGCGCGUCUCGAGCCGCCCCGCCGUUCGCUCGACGACGAGAACAUCGACCGCGCGCCACGGUAUCCGCGCCGGCGCAGCAUCGCCCGCCGACUCUCUCAUGUCCAACAUGACUACCAGCGCAAAGCGCAAAGAGCGCGACUACGAAUUGGACACGGGUUCCCGGAUGAGUACCUUUGGCGGCGAGGAGACCAACAUUAACGUUGUGGUCCGCUGUCGCGGUCGCAGCGCACGAGAGGUCAAGGAGAACAGCGCUGUCGUCGUCAAGGCUGACGGCCUCAAGGGAAGCCAGGUUGACCUGUCCAUGGGCCCCAAUUCGUUGAGCAACAAGACAUAUUCCUUUGACCGCGUCUUCUCGUCCGCCGCAGACCAGGAAAUGAUCUUUGACGACACGGUUCGACCAAUCCUCGACGAAAUGCUCUCCGGCUACAACUGUACAAUUUUUGCGUACGGGCAGACGGGCACAGGAAAGACGUACACCAUGUCUGGCGACAUGACGGAGACGCUAGGCAUGCUGUCUGAUGAAGCUGGCAUCAUCCCGCGUGUGCUCCAACAGCUCUUCAGAAAGCUCGAGCUUGACGAGACGGAGCACUGCGUCAAAGUCUCCUUUAUUGAGCUAUACAACGAAGAGCUGCGCGAUCUGCUCUCGGUAGAGGAGACUGCCAAACUCAAAAUAUACGACGACGCGUCGCGAAAAGGGCAUGCCGGCACCAUGGUCCAGGGCAUGGAGGAAAAACACAUCAAAGGCCCGAGCGAGGGAAUCAAGGUGCUACAGGAUGGCAGCUUGAAACGCCAGGUCGCCGCCACGAAAUGUAAUGACCUCAGUUCACGAAGUCAUACCGUUUUUACCAUUACCGCAUAUGUCAAAAAGGUCAACGAAAACGGUACCGAGGAUCUUAUCAGCGCGGGCAAACUUAAUCUUGUUGAUCUUGCGGGUAGCGAAAACAUUCAGCGUUCAGGUGCUGAAAACAAGCGUGCUGCCGAGGCUGGCCUCAUCAACAAAUCGCUGCUGACUCUUGGUCGCGUCAUCAACGCCCUCGUCGACCGCAGCGCACACAUUCCCUACCGAGAAUCAAAACUCACCCGACUUCUGCAAGAUUCCCUUGGUGGCCGAACAAAGACUUGCAUCAUCGCUACACUUUCCCCCGCGAAAAGUAACUUGGAAGAAACGAUAUCGACGCUCGAAUAUGCUUUCCGCGCAAAGAACAUUCGAAACAGACCACAGCUCAAUGCCAUACCGAAAAAGAUGCUUUUGAAAGAAUUCACUGCUGAGAUUGAGAAGCUCAAGACUGAAUUGAUCGCUACAAGGCGGCGCGAUGGUGUCCAUUUGUCAAAUGAAAUGUACGAGGAGAUGACGGCGGAAAGCGAGUCGAGAAGAAUCGUGGCCGAGGAGCAAGGUGCCAAGAUUGAAACUCUUGAGACGAACCUCCGAAAUAAAACGCAUGAGCUGUAUUCUUUGAACACUUCGUUUAUGGGACUGAAGAAGGAUCACGAGGGCACUCGGUCGCAGCUCGAUAGUACAAAGGGCCUGCUUCACGAUGCAGAAAUGGUGCUCAAAAUGACGCGCAAGUCACUUGCCGAGGAGACUGAGCUACGCAAAGCCCACGAGGCUACGGAAGAAAAGUUGUCCAAGAUUGGCGGUGAACUCAUUCAUAAGCUCCAAAAAACAGUUCACGACGUCAGUGGACUACACGCGAAGAACAAGCGAAAAUCAGAUCUACAAUCUAUCAAUAGGGCUGCCUGGAGCACUUCGCAAAUACAAGUCUCCGAUGUCACGUCCAUGGUGGAGCGCCGCGUCGCCGACUUUCAGGAUGAACAAAGCGAACACAUCAACAGUAUCUCGACACGCAUGGCGACGUUUGUCGAGGAAGAACUCCAGAAGCUAUCGACUACACAGGCUUUUCUCGACGAACAACUCAGCGCCUUUGCCGAUUCAAAGAAGCUUUUGCUAGCUCAAAAGCAAAGUUCCAAGGAUGAGAUGGAUGAGGUGCUCGAAGAAAUCAAUGUCAUUCGUGACAGCGUGAAACACCGCGUGAGCGAGAGCUUGCAGGUAAUCUCUGGCGCUGCGGAGAAGAUUGCUGCCGAUGUCGUUGCCGAGAUGGGUAAUAUGCACACACACCUACACAACUCUUACUCUUCAUUAGGCAAGGACUUUAAAUUCAUAUUUGAAGACCUUGUUAAACACAUCACGGCCCAGCGCAGCGAGUCGGACAACCUUCGGCGCCAGCUUCAAAACGCAACAAAUGCGGCCGUUUUGCAGAGCUCUGGCACCGCGUUACGUAUCCAAGAAGUCGUUGACGAAGAGCGACGACAAGCUGCAGAAGACCGCCAGAAGCUGCUCGCUCAGAUUACGACUUUGAUCAAUACACAAGCCGAGACGCAAGAAGCGAGAUUCGCUGACAAGGUCUCGCAUAUUCAGAAAUCAGUUACAGAGUCCAGUACCACCUUGGAAGGUGCCGUUACUCAAUACAAUGAGGGCAUGGACUCAUGGGAUGGGAAAGAAGGCGAACUUUUAGAGGAAGUCAAAAGGUCUCGCGAGCAACUCAAGACGAAGCUCAAGGAUGAUUGGAACACUACCAGCGAGCAGAGCACUGCGAUUCAAAACACUGCCAAGUCGGUGCAUGCCGAGACAGUGCGUGUGGUCGACGAGCAGAUUGACGAUUUGGGCUCCAAGAUGCACGCACUCGAUGACUUUGUCACUCAUGCCCGCACAGAGAAUACGACACAACACGAGAGCCACGGACAGUCGGUGCAAGCUCUGUCCAACACUGUUGAGCAGUCUUUUAGCAACAUUUCGUCCCACUUCAAAUCCAUGCUCGACAGGGUCAAGAAUGUUGGCGAGGAAAUGGAGCUUGACACCAACGACAUGCGUGAAGCGCUAGAACCGCUCGAGUCGCAACUGUGCCAGCCUUUGACGAAUCUGCGUGAAAGCAUCUGCAACACCACCCUCCAAGAGUACCAGCCAACGGGCGACACGCCUCAAAAGGCCGUGUACCAAUAUCCGACUGUCUUGCCGCGGACCAAAAAUACUGCCGAGGGCCUUGUCGACGAGGAGGAGGAGGAGGAUGAGAGUGUACCGGCAUCGCCGCUGGUGAUGGAUCGCUCUACGGACCAGGACCAGACUGUCGUCUUUGCCGAUUUGUCGUCGCCGUCGCAGCAGCCGGCGCCCCGUAUCAAGGCAAGCUCCUCCUCGCCAGGCCCGUCAAACUCUGCCAAGAUGGCAGCAGCAGCGGCGGUCCCGGCCCCGGCCCCGACCCCGACCCCCAGCGAAGGCCCCGUUACUGACCAUGACCAGCUCGGCGCGAGUCUGCGCGAAGUCAACCCCAACGUGACGUCAAACCUGACGGCACCGGCGCCGCUGCUAGGGUUCGAGUCUCGCGCGAGCAGCGCAACGAACACCAUGCCUCUGGAGAAUGCGACGAUGCCUCUGUUUAAGCGCAGCACUAGAAGUGUGCGCGGCGCGGCGGUUGUCAAGAGACCGGGCGUGGCGGCGGAGGGACGAGAGAAUGUUCCGCCGUCGCUGACAACGGCGGCUGGCUCCAAGAGAAAGAGCCCACGACUCAAAUAA